AUGACCACUCGACCACAGGGAUACGGACUUACCCGAGAACUCGCUGAGAAGAAUGCUGCAAAAUACUCUGUCGAGGACGAGGUAGAAAUCGUCCAGUGGAUCUGCGAUGUUACCAGUGUUCCUGCUCCCUCUGCUCAGGGACCAGAUGCAUUCAAGGACUUCCUCAGAAGCGGCGUCGUCCUCUGCACCCUCAUGAACAGUCUGAAAGAGGGCUCCUGCCGAAAGCCACACGAUACUUCCAAGACAAAGCUCGCUGCUCUGCGACAGAACAAAGAAAACGAAAAUAUUUCAUUUUUCCUUUCUGCUGCUGAAGCAUACGGAUGCAACAAGGCCGAUCUUUUCCAGACUGUCGAUCUUGUUGAUGGAACCAACCUUGCUCAGGUUCAAUCCACUCUUUACAAACUCGGCGGACAGGCUCAGAAGCAAGGCUACUCCGGUCCUACUAUCGGCAUCAAACAGGGUUCAGAGAACAAGCGAGAGUUCUCCGAGGAGCAACUCAAAUCUGGCCAGAAUAUCAUCGGCCUCCAGAUGGGAUCCAACCAGGUCGCCAGUCAAAAAGGCAUGUCCGCAUAUGGUGCCACUCGACAGAUUGUAAACAACACACAAUGA